AUGGAGAGAACUAAGUUACCGCUCAAGAAGCGUCUUUCUUGGAAUGGGUCUUCUAUGGAGUUCAUGGUUAAUGAUUACAUGAAGGAGAAAGGAACAAGAGGAAGAUUUGGUAAUUCCCUAAAGGUUCUACAGUGCCUUGGAUGCAAAGGUUUUGGGCAUGUACAAGCUGAAUGUACAAAUCUGCAGAAGCGAAAGAAGAAGAUAGUCACCAAGAGUGAUUCUAAUGAUGGUAAGGUGCUAAAGAAUAUUGUGGCAUUCACAACUUUUGUUCUUGGUUCUAAGACAAAAUCUGCGGCGGGAUAUGCGUCAGCGUCUGUGUCAGGGUCUUCAUGUGAAGUGAUGAUGAUGCUAGCUGUAAGUGAUGAUGAUGAUGGAAAGUUUGAUCUUGCUGGGAAUUAUGAAAAGCUGUAUGAGAAUUGGCUCAAACAUGUUGAGGCGAAUUCUGAGUUGACUAAGGAGAAGGUCAAGCUAGAAGUUCAAGUUGCUGAAGCACUUAAGUAUGCUUCAGAGAAAAAAGAAGAAGCACGACAGGCUGGUGCUCAACUUGUAGAGACUCAAAAGGGUUUGAGGAUGCUGAAUGGUGGGACGAACCAGUUAGAUCAUCUUCUAAGAAAAACUGAGGUUUUAGCUACGUUUACUAUGAAGCCAGAGGUUAAAGUGUCUGUAGAGAAGACAUCCAAUGGAAAGACUGCAGUAAAGACUGCAACUGAUGUGAAGAACGCGACUGCUACACAUAGUGCAACGGCAAAUGCUACGGCGACUACUCCAGAGAAAGUUUAUGGAUUGAAGAGUGCAGCUCAACAAAAGUUUCGGCAUGUUUGUCAUUAUUGUGGUGUGGUGGGGCACAUUAGGCCAAGGUGUUUCAAGUUGCUGAGAGAGAAGAAUCAGAUGGUGCAAGCUUAUGGUGUUUAUGGUAUGAGGAGUCAUGGUCAUGUAUGUUAUUCUUGUGGAGUUCAAGGGCAUAUUCGACGUGAGUAUUUCAAGCCAGUUCAAAGAGCUAAUCAUGGAGGAUUUGGGCUCAGGAAUUCGUGGUCUAUGAGAUUUGAUCAUUGUGGAGAUGGUGGAAUGGGAUUUCCUCCUUAUUUUGGAGGAUAUAUCAUAUUAGUCUUUAACCAUGAUGUGACUCAUAGGAGGAGAUUGAAGACGUAG